CAUGCAGACAAAUGGCUCUGACAUGUACGUGACGUGCGCGCGGCCAGGCCGAAGGUGUUUGGCUGGGGCUGCCUGUGCAGCCACCCUGAGGGCUUUUGUGUGCAAGGGCACCUCUGCUUGCUCCUCUGAGCCCUGCUCUGCGUCCCCUUCCCGAGAGGAAUGCUUCCAGCUGGGAGGCAGGUGAAUGAGGGUACAUUAAGACCUUGCAGUGGCCUCGGAAGCAUGUGGCUGUGGCACUGGGGGCCCUGAAGACCGCCUGGCUUGCAGGGAGGAAUGCUACGGUGGGCAGUGCACUUGGAAGGCGGGCCACGGAGGGUGAACCACGCGGCCGUGGCUGUGGGGCACAAGGUCUAUUCCUUUGGUGGCUACUGCUCUGGAGAGGACUAUGAGACCCUGCGGCAGAUCGACGUCCACGUUUUCAACGCAGUGUCUCUGCGCUGGAUCAAGUUGCCUCCAGUGUGGACAAACAGCCGAGACCACGUGAGGGAGGUGCCCUACAUGAGGUACGGGCACUCGGCAGUGCUCAUCGACGACACCGUCUACAUUUGGGGCGGUCGCAACGACACGGAGGGAGCCUGCAAUGUGCUCUAUGCUUUCGACGUCAACACACACAAGUGGUUCACACCAAAGGUGUCUGGAAUGGUCCCAGGGGCAAGAGAUGGGCACUCAGCUUGCGUCCUGGCAAAGAGCAUGUUUAUCUUUGGAGGCUAUGAACAGCUGGCUGACUGCUUUUCAAAUGAUAUCCAUAAAUUGGACACCACAAACAUGACGUGGACCUUAAUCUCUGCCAAGGGUACUCCAGCUCGCUGGAGAGACUUUCAUUCAGCUACCAUCAUUGGAACAAAGAUGUACGUGUUUGGUGGCAGAGCUGAUCGUUUUGGGCCAUUUCACUCUAACAACGAGAUCUACUGUAACCGCAUUAAAGUGUUUGAUACAGAAACCAACUCCUGGCUGGACUCCCCUCCCACUCCCGUGCUCCCGGAGGGCAGGCGGAGCCAUUCAGCCUUCAGCUACAACGGGGAACUAUAUGUAUUUGGUGGCUACAAUGCACGCCUGAACAGACACUUCCAUGACCUCUGGAAAUUCAAUCCAGUUUCUCUUUCUUGGAGGAAGAUUGAGCCCAAAGGGAAAGGGCCGUGUCCUCGGCGCCGGCAGUGCUGCUGCAGAGUGGGGGACAAAAUCAUCCUCUUUGGAGGUACCAGCCCAUCUCCAGAGGAGGGAAUGGGUGAUGAAUUCGACCUGAUGGAUCACUCAGAUCUCUACAUCCUCGACUUCAGCCCCAGUCUGAAGACUCUGUGUAAGCUAGCAGUGAUUCAGUACAGCCUGGACCAGUCCUGCCUUCCCCACGACAUCAGAUGGGAGCUCUCAGCCAUGACAACGAACAGCACCAUCAGCCGCCCCAUUGUCUCCAACCAGGGCUGAAGACAACUCGUCCUUCUACCACCCUGCCCUCACCCCUCCACAUACUGACCUCUUGCUCCACUGCCUGCAUGAAUUUUUAGCCCUUUCAAGCAA